CGUUGGCGGGAAAAGAACACACGCGCCGCCGGCCGUUGUGUCAGACUUGGAGCUCGCCUCGUAGCGGUCGGGUACCCCGAGUUGCGUGAUUUUUAACUGUGGACUUUAAACAAGUUUUUUUUUGUCUCCGGAAGUAAACGAACAAUUCUGACAGAAGAGUGUCGAUCUAGUGAGCGAGAGCUACCGCUGUGUGGAUAUAUAGCUAAGAUAUUCUCUGAGAGAAGGAAAUCCACGGGUCUCUCGCGAUGAUGAAGUUCGAGGAGAUCAAGGCCGAGGUCGGCAUGGACUUGCCACUCUCGGAAGCAGCGAUGACGAAGGGUAUCAGCCGCGACGUAGUGGAUCCCUCCGAGGACUCGGGAUUCGACAGCAUCUCCGUUGGCUCUAACAGCAGCACAGAGCAAAUCAAGAAAGAAAAUGAGGGAACAAUCGGAGAGGGCAUCCAGUUCGUCGACCCAGCCCUUAUAGCAGCUGAAGCAGAGGAGCAAAGGCUCAGAGCAGAGGAGAAGAAGAGGAAAACGAAUGAAGAACUCGUGGCAAAGAGAAAGGCUGAACAAGAAGCCUAUGAACAGGAGAUCAAGGAGAAACAGUACAAGCGACUGAUGCAUUUGCUGUCGAAAAGCAAGGCAAUGUCCAACUUUAUCAUGUCGAAAUUUGAGACUAAAAAACCUAAAGAAGAGGCCAAGGAAGAGCCCAACAAGGCUUUAAAAAGAAAGAACACUAAGGAAGUUGAGGCACCUGUCCCUAAAAAAAGAGGUCGCAAACCCAACAAGAAAUAUAUUGAUGGUGCUGCUGAAGAGAACCCAGAACCUAAGAGAGGAAGAAAAAAGAUGAAUCUCAGUCAAGAGGACAUUUCAGAAGAGUUGGCAUCUAUGUCUGAUGAUGAACCUAGUGAAGAGAAAGAAAAUGACAAGCCAAUUGAGAAUUUUGUACAGUCUAAAUAUUUCCGUGGAGAAUUGAGGGAUUACCAAAAAGAAGGAGUCAACUGGUUAAAGGUUUUGUACGAGAAUGGAUUAAAUGGCAUUUUGGCAGAUGAAAUGGGUUUGGGAAAAACAGUUCAAAUUAUUGCUUUGUUUUCUUAUUUAAUUGAGAAACAAAUAGCUGGCCCUUAUAUGGUGGUAGUUCCCCUUUCCACACUGGCGAAUUGGACCACAGAAUUCGAACGUUUUGCACCGCAACUUCCCGUUGUUGUGUAUUACGGAUAUGCGAAUCAAAGAUCAGAACUUAGAAAAAAACUUCAACAAAAAAAGCGCAUUGGAUCCCUUUCUACGCUCCCUAUUGUUCUCACAACGUAUGAAAUGCCUCAGAAAGACGCAGCUUUUUUGCGAAAUUUUAAUUGGAGGUAUAUUGUUAUUGAUGAAGCUCAAAGGAUCAAAAACUAUAAUUGCUUACUGUUCAGGAUACUUAAAUCUUACAACUCUUUUAACCGUUUGUUAAUGACUGGUACACCAUUGCAAAAUAAUUUAUCUGAACUUUGGUCAUUAUUGAACUUUUUAUUGCCAGAUAUAUUUAACAGUUUGGAUUUGUUUGAAUCAUGGUUUGAUGCCAAAGAUGUUCAAAACGAAGAAGGAAAACAAAAAUUUUUAAAACAAGAACAAGAAAAACAAGUUUUAUCAGCACUUCGAGAAAUAUUACAGCCUUUUAUGUUGCGUCGCUUGAAAGAAGAUGUAUGUCCUGAUAUUCCACCUUUGAAAGAAGUCAUGGUUUAUACACCUCUGACUGCAAUUCAAUACAACCUUUACUCAUCUAUUCUUAAUAGAGAUAUAGCUAAGCUUCAAAAAGUGAAACCAGAGUCAACAAUUUUAGAUGUUAAUGGUGUAAGACCAAAACGAAGGUGUACUCAAAAGCACGAUUUAGGUGAAUAUCAUUGGAGAAAUAAUAUUGGGAUUAAUGACUUUGCGAAAAAACCUGAAGUUGCAACCGAAAUGGUUGGAAAUAAAGUUGUUAAAGCUGAAGAUGUUAAUAUGUGGAACAAAUUUACUGAUGUGACCGAAGAAAAUGUAGAUUACUUAGUCAGGUUAAAGCUGUCAGGAAAUGAUGUUACAAUGUACAGGCAUGUAGUCAAUCAUCCAUACCUCAUUCACUAUCCUUUAACUGAUGCUGGAGAUUACAAAGUGGAUGAAAAUAUUAUCAAAGCUUCUGGAAAAAUCCUUGUGCUAGAUGCAUUGCUAAAGAAACUAUACAAGAAUGGUCAUAAAGUAUUGUUGUUUUCUACAAUGACAAUGGUUUUGGAUGUUAUAGAAGACUAUUUGUCAUUAAGAGGUUUUAAAUAUGUAAGGUUGGAUGGAGCUGUCGCAUACGAUGAUCGCAAAGAUAGUAUUGAUAGCUUCCAGAAAAAUCCGGAAGUAUUCUUGUUUUUACUAACCACAAAAGCUGGAGCAGUAGGUUUGAAUCUUGCUGCAGCCGACACAGUCAUUAUUUACGAUAGUGAUUGGAAUCCUCAAAAUGAUCUUCAAGCAAUGGCUCGAUGCCAUAGGAUAGGACAAACAAAACCAGUUGCAGUGUAUCGGCUUUGUACCAAAGGUACUGUUGAUGAAGCGAUAAUCAAGCGUGCAAACGCAAAACGAUUUUUAGAAAAAGCUGUGAUAUCCAAAGAAACUGGUUUAGUUAACUCAGAAGAAGGCCUAUCAAGACUGAAGAAGCUUUUCGAAGAAGAUAGUUUCAAAGUCGCUAAUUCCAAAAAUGAAGUUUACACGGACGCUGAACUAGAUGAGUUGUUGGACAGAAGUGACAUGAUUUUGUCGAAGAAAGAAGAGGAAACAAAGUGAUAAUGAAUAGCACUUCUUGUAAAAAUUAUUUUAAUACGUUUUGUAUCCCGCGUUUAUUACCGUAAUAAUUAGUGUAAUUAUUUAAUGUCUCGCAUGUUUUCGCGAUGAUUAGUAUAAGUGCGUUUAUUUAUUUAUAAAAAAAAUGUUUUUACAUAUUUCAUCUUGUACAAAGUAAGAUGAUAAGUGUUGAAUAUCAAUCUUCAGAUACGACGUUUUUAUAUAUAUCUUAAAUUUUAAGUCCGUAAAGUACAAAAAAGAAUGCAUAAAAGCUCUUUGAUUUUUUCAAUCAUAUUUUUUAAACUCGUCAAUUUGCGUGCAUACUGGUAGUUUUUGAGAAAUGACUCAGUGAUUUCUUUAAACAUGACAAUGAACUGGCUAUAUAAGAAAUAAUUAAUUUAACUUGUUAAAUUACUGGACUGGUUAAAGUGCUGGACUAAAUAACUGAUUUAAAUCUUUGAACAAUGACUGAGUGACUUUUAUGCAACAGAAGACUUAUUUAAAAGAGCUUUUUACGUUUCUCGUUAUUUUAAAAAUAAAAUUUGUUAAAAAUGAAUGCGUAAGUGCAAUGUUUGUUCAAUAAAAAGCCAUUUUAAAAGUAAAA